CUGACCCGGGGUGACCCGGCUCCCCCACCGCCUGCAGGUCUGGCAGCAGAACAAUCCGCGGUUCUGCGUGCCACUGACGCUCAUUGUACGCAGGGGGAUGAGGGCAUCCGUGCCACCCCCUCCCUCACCCUCCUGCUCUGGGAGGAGAAUGUGCCCGCGGGUGGGGUGGGGAAACAUCUGGCUUCAGGGCCCAGCCUGGGGCCUCUGUGCUCUGAGCUCAGGAUGCCGAACUGGGGAGGAGGCAAGAAAUGUGGGGUGUGCCAGAAGACGGUUUACUUCGCGGAAGAGGUUCAGUGCGAAGGCAGUAGCUUCCAUAAAUCCUGCUUCCUGUGCAUGGUCUGCAAGAAGAAUCUGGACAGCACCACCGUGGCCGUGCACGGCGAGGAGAUCUACUGCAAGUCCUGUUACGGCAAGAAGUAUGGGCCCAAAGGCUAUGGCUACGGGCAGGGUGCAGGCACGCUGAGCACUGACAAGGGGGAGUCUCUGGGCAUCAAGCACGAGGAGGCCCCUGGCCAUAGGCCCACCACCAACCCCAAUGCCUCCAAGUUUGCACAGAAGAUUGGCGGAUCCGAGCGCUGCCCCCGAUGCGGCCAGGCAGUCUAUGCGGCUGAGAAGGUGAUUGGUGCCGGGAAGUCCUGGCAUAAGUCCUGUUUCCGGUGUGCCAAGUGCGGCAAAGGCCUUGAGUCCACCACCCUGGCUGACAAGGAUGGCGAGAUUUACUGCAAAGGAUGCUACGCGAAAAACUUCGGACCCAAGGGCUUUGGCUUUGGGCAAGGAGCUGGGGCUUUGGUCCACUCUGAGUGAGGCUGCCGCCAUCCACCGCACGCUGCUCACUCCUGUGCUUUUCAUCGCCAUUUCCUUCCCAGCAGCCUUGGCGACCUCCAGGAUCCCUCCUCCCUCUCUCAGCCCUGCCACACAUCACUAAUGACUUGAACUCGGGUGUCUGGCUCCCUCUGGCUUGGAGUCGGCCUGAGAUCCCACUCUUCUACGGGGCUCCCUCUUCCUGGGACCUGACACCAUCACCAGCAGGAGACCUCAGUGUUUUAGUGCGGGUGGGACUGGGCCCUUCUCCCCACACCCCACCCCACAGUCCUCUGUUCUUAGCCUGUUAGGCUGAGUGUCCGUCAUCAACCUGCCAAGAUCCCUGAGCCCACAUCUUGGAUCCCAGAGGAACAGGAGGCCCAGGGGAGGGGGCAGCAGGAACAAGA